AUGAUCUUUGGACUCAUGGUUGCAUACUGGUUGAAUUACGGCCUUUCAUUCACCGCUUCGACCGCACAAUGGCGAUUUCCAUUGGCAUUCCAGAUCAUCUUCGCGAUCUAUACCGGUCUUGUGACCGUCUUCCUGCCGGACACACCGCGCUGGCUCAUGAGUCAUCGGCCAAAUUCCGACGAAGGUCUCAUUGUGCUUGCGGCCCUCCGAGGCCAGAGUGAAGAUCACCCGGCUGUCCAAACGGAGGCACGAGAGAUUAGGACUGCCAUCGCCGUCGAGGCAGCCGAAGAGGGUGGAUCGCUCGACGUUUUCAAGGAUGGAGGCGUGAAGGGAAAUGCUCGUGUUGCUCUCGCGAUGGGCAUCCAAUUUAUGCAGCAGAUGACGGGCAUCAACAUUGUCACAUAUUACGCACCCACAUUAUUCCAGACAUCUCUCGGUAUGGGCCACUCUUUAGCUCUUCUGCUGGGAUGUUUGUUGCAGGUGUGGUAUGUGUUCGCCUCAUUCCUUACAUGGUACACCAUCGAUCGCGUUGGACGUCGUCCACUUUUUAUCCUCAACGCUAUUGGAAUGUGUCUGAUCCUCGUCGGAGAAGCAAUUUGCGUCGCCGUGGGUGGCACUGGCGCGGGUAUUGCCGCGGUCGUUUUGAUUUUCUUAUUUGAAGGUUGCUUCACCUGGGGUUGGAUGGCAACCGUGUGGGUAUAUCCGCCUGAGAUCAUGCCUUUAAGGACCCGAUCAAAGGGCGCUUCUCUUGCAACCGCUGCGGACUUUGCCGGGAACUUCCUGGUUGUUGAGGUUACUCCAGUGAGUCAUGCUCGCGAAUAUUGGAUAGUACGCUGGUUCCUGAAUCUUCCAUACGUCACAUCCCUGACUGGCAAUACAGUCGGAGUUAUCUUGUGUGGGCUGUGCUUAACCUUCGCUAACGCCAUCAUCGUGUUCUUCUGUUACCCAGAAACGGCCAAUCUGGCGCUAGAGAGUGUUGAUUCUCUCUUUCUCGUUGGUGAGCCUCAGGUUGAAAAGCCGGUAUUGACCGAGCAGAACUCGGAAGAAGCUGUCAUGGCACCGACGAAUGUCUCUGGCUAUUCGCUUGGUCUCGACCGCUUCACUUUGCCAGUUGUUCGUCGUGCCAAGGCGAUGCAAUUAAAGUUGAAGAGGAAGCGGGCCGAAGAGUCCAGUCCCGUCGUGGGCAUGGAUGAUGUUGAGAAGUUAGGAGAUAUUCGUGUCGAGGAAUCCUCUAAUUAG